CCUUUUGUUGCUCAAUUCAAUUUAGCUCUUUUUUCCCUACGUAUUCAACGUUAAUAUUAUUAUUAUUUCUCUCUUUUUGAAAUUCAGAUAAAAAAUUACACAUACUUUUAAAUGCUACUGGAUCAGGAUGAGUUUUUAAAGGCGCUUCCAAGACUGUUUGAGGCGACCAAGGAGAAGGGCGGCGUGACACUAACGAUUAAGCGGUUUGAUUAUCAGGGCAAGAAACAGGAACGGCAGAAGAAGAGGGCAGCGCAGGGAACAGACGAGGAUGCCAUGCGGCUUCUUGUUGAUAAACUCUCCCUAGACGAAAACGAGUACGCGACGCUAGUCCGGGCAGCCACAGAGACGAAGAAGAUCAGCAGCCUGGUUGCGCCGGCUGACUUGGACACAUUUUUGGCACGGUAUCAUGGACUCAUGCUCGUUAACGCCGACAGCAUGAAGCGGAAGGAGCGCUUGAGGAAAAAGAAGGCUGCGAUUAAGCGUCACGCUACGCAAAAAGCCCGGUCCAAGGCCAAGAAGGGAACCGGACAGACCAAGACCAAGACCAAGACCAAGACUGCAUCGGUGGCGAUGGUUUAAGAGGUCCAAUUUUUCAUAUUGGUAUUUUAAAAAGAA